UGCCGAGCUCCCACCCUUAGAUUCGGAUAUCGGAGCAGCUGCGAUAAUUAUUUUCUGGGAGAUUUUGCUAUUUUCUCAUGUAAUAAAAAAUAGAACUGUCCACAAAAUAAAAUUCAGCUAAUAAAUGUCCUCGGAAACCGAACACUGGAACGGAUAGAAAAUCAAGCAAACAUGGAGUGCAACCUGGGCAGCGAGAUUGGGCAGAAGAUGCGCAGUGCCGUCAAGGCCAAGCUGUUGGAGCUCGGAACCGGGGGAUCGGCCGGUUUCAUAGACGAUGAGCUGCCGGACUACGUUAUGGUUAUGGUGGCCAAUAAGCGCACAAAACAACAAAUGAACGCAGAGCUAAAUCUUUUCCUGGGCGAUCAGACUGAUCUUUUCGUCACCUGGCUGCAUGAAGUGCUGCAAAAGCUACAAGAGGUUACACUGCCCGCAUCAAGUGCAUCCAGCAAAAAGCGAAAGUCUCGUGGCCAAGGAGAAACGGUCAAAGUAAAGGAUAAGGACAAGGAUAAAAAGGGCUCCAGAAAAGACAAAAGGCCGCACAGGAAGUCCGGUGAUGAAUUAUUGGAGCAGCAAUCAAGUGCCACGGAUUCCAUGCCCGUUAUCACCUCUAUCACAGAUGUCUUUGCCGAAGAAUUACUUGAAAAGGCAAAGAAAACCAUGGACAUCGAUCUCAAUGCUAAAGACGAAAUCCUGCACAAAAAGAAAAAGCGCAAAUCCAUUGAGGAUGAGGAGGCUUCGGCCAGCAGAGAAUUGGACUUACCCGUCGUGUCCGAGAUCAGCUCCACAACCAGCGGGGUCAAUCGUCAGAAGGAUCUCGCUGAACUGGCCGAAAUCCAAAAGAAAAUCCAUGCAGCCAAGAAGCAUUUACGCCAGAUUGGCGAAAUCGGAGAUGAAAGCGAUGAAGAUGACGAUCUUUUGAACUUAAGUGCACAGGAGGAGUCAGUGGAACAAGAGCCCGAAGAUGAGCAUGUUCAAACGGAAGCGCCCCCACGAAAGGCUAAGAGUCCGAUUAUUUUUAACAGACGAGAAAAGACACCUGAAAAGCGCGCAGAUAUAGAACUAGAGAUUAGUUCACGCCAGGAAGCAGCGACAGAGGUGCAGUCAGAGGAGCAAGCAGCGGAGAAGUCAACUGAAGACCGCUGUGAACGCCGAUCUGUACACGAUCGUCUGGGAUCCAAAGCCCAAUUGCCGGCAGAGCGCUCGCAGCGUACCCAAAAGGAAUUAUACGUACCGGCCCAUCGACGACGCAGCGAACCCGAGGCCAACAAGGAGCGAAGUCAGCGAGAUCGCUCCCGAGAACGACGCUCUAGCCGAGAUAACUCUAGAGACUCGAACCGUAAUCACCGUCAACGUCGCUCGCCUAGUCCGGAGGCUACAAGUUCAAAACAACGUAUUGGUUCCCGGGUAAUUGUUGCUGUGAACAAGCCACCAGAGCCAUCAGACGAUGAGGAUAUGGCCGAUAAACCAGUAAACUCCGUUAUUAAGAUUAAGCCUAGGCCACAGGUUUCUCCCCGGCGGCAGGCCUGUAAGAACCUUCUGUUGCGAGCCGUGGCCGACGCCCAGCGUUCCACAAUUCUUGCUAAAACUUCAUCGAAGAAGGAAACCGAGGAGGUAGAGAAAAGGAGCAGUUCUCUAGGCAAGCGCAAGUCUGUGGAAAAGAACGAACGGGUUCGGGACCGCGAGAGGGAUCGAAGCAAGAGAAGUGCACCCGGCAAAGAACUCUUCCGGCGCACAACUAGGGAGUUAGUUGUGAAUGUGCUGCAACGGGAUGGCAAUCGUGCACGGCGACCCAACGAGAGCCGCGCCGAAAUUAAAGUGGUAGAGGAAGAAUACGCGCCUUCUUUGAUUAAAGAUCAGAUUGAAUCGUAUGUGCCGCAGUUGCUAACCAAUGUAGAUGAGUUGGACUUGCACAUCAGUUCGCAUGACGAGCCAAGUCCCAGUUCCGGCGCACUCAAGACUCAGUUUGUAGUCACAUUGAACGGCGACAAAACCCUUGUAGGAAACAAUGGCAAGGGAGGCUCCUAUCGCAAAAGACCAAGCAUCUCACGCAAGCGUUCCUCGUCGCCUGCACCCAAUCCUCAAGUGUCCUCUUCCAGCGCUGAUCCUACGGUUUUGACGGCUGAGAAGCGACGACGAUCGAAUCGCGAUAGAAGCUUUUCAGCCUCGCCAACUCAGAGUAGUGGCUCGCCCUCCCAGCAGGCAACGCGUAGUCUCAAUCGCAACGAGGUGCUCCGGCAGCCACAAGAAAUCAAGAAAAUCAUAAUUAAGAAUGACACGGAUGAGGAUGACGAAAUGCACGGUUCACCCAAGAAACGUUCGCCUAAUAAACGUCAACAAGCAAUGGCAGCUACAGUCCCGGAAAAUGGACACAAAGACAAUAAGGAUAAAGCUCCAAUUGAGGAUCGCUCGACAACUCCCCCACUACCGGCCAAACAGAAGCCGCGAGUGGAGAAGAGGGGUACGAGCAAGGAGAAACACGUAAGAUCUAAUUCAGUAGAGACGCCAGUUGGAGCCGCAACAUCAGGCGCCUCCACAUGCCCUUCUACAGCUACCAAAGCAAAGCACACGCCUAUACGUUUCACACUUAAGAGCGACGAAGAGCCGAGUGCGAAUAAAAAGCGUCGUUCGGGGAGCACAGAACGUGAUGCAGUGGCUCCGGAGAAGCGCAGAGUUGCAAUACGUAAUGCAGAGGACAGAAAAUACGACAACUUGCCGGCAUUAAGCGCAGUUAGUGUGGAUUCUACUGUGCUAAAGGUGAAUAAGCCCAAGGAGCGCUGCAAGUAUCAUCCGAACUGUACGAAGCAGUUCUGUGAGUACUAUCAUCCGACGGCACCUUGCAAAUCGUUUCCCAACUGCAAGUUUGCGGACAAGUGCAUGUAUUCACAUCCCAAGUGCAAAUUCGACAUGGCCUGCAUGAGCAUCGACUGUAACUUCGCUCACGGCGGCCAAAGAGAUCUAAGUCAUGUACAGCUUGCGGCGCCACCACUUUCAUCUCACGUCAUACCAGUUCAGAACUACAAGUCGAUAUCGGCUCCUGUGACCUCCACGACGGCAACUACAAUGUGCAAGUACUACCCGAAUUGUUCCAAGUUGGGAUGUACCUUUUAUCACCCCAAACCCUGCCGAUUUGGCAAGAACUGUGUGAACAAGUUGGAGUGCAUCUUCUACCAUCCUGAGAUGCAGAGCAAAUUUAAAUGGGUUGCAUCUUUGGGCUAAGUAGGCCAUUGCACUACACCUUUUAACGAUAUUUAGCAAAUGUACUCUGGACUCUUGGCGAUCGGCCACUAUUUGAUACCACUCUCUUUCAAUUGUAUAACUAGGCGAGCUUGGAGUUUAAUUUUUUCUAUAUACACAAUUGUUGUAUACCUAUUUAAUUUUCAUUUUUAUUUGCAUUCAUCCUACUGCGUAUAAUUAAUAACUUUUAUAUUAGUCAUUAGCAGCUCUCUCACUGAAAUGAUAAACAAAACUAAAGUUUGUUGUUCAUACGGAUUUGUUUGCAUUCAAACCAUUAAGUACACGUCAUGCUAAAGUGGACGAAUAAAUUAGCAAUAGUUGCUAUAAAUUGGAAAAAGAAAA